AUGGAUGAAGAUAAUCUCUUCGGUGGGGAUUUAAGUGAAAGCAGCAGUGAUGAUGAGGCUGGACCUGGCCAUCCUGAAGUGCAAAGGGAGCGGCUUGAUGAAGUCGGAGAGGCGCAUCCUGUCGUUAAGGAAGAAAAAGAGGAUCCAGCAAAGGCAAAAGUGACAUUCUCAUUAGCUGAUGAUGAUGAGUCGAAUGAUGGGAUUUCAAUCUUCAGUGGUUUGGGAGACGCUGGAGCGCUGAACAUGCCAGUAACUAAAGCCAUCAAAAGGAAGGCUCCUUCGCCGUCUCCAUCGAGUACGGAGCCGAAGCGUGUGAAGUCAGAAGGUUAUCUCAGUGAAUCCACUUCGACCACGGAUUUCCAAGAAGCAUUGAGUUUACUAAACGAUCCAUGUGGAGAUGUUUUCGCUGCCCCUACAGCACCUGCACCAAAGAAAAUCAUCAAGGACAAGAACAAAAUGGGAGUUAUAAAGAAAGAAAAGGAUGUUCGAUUUGCACCAGAGGCUGCUCAAAAUGAGAAGCCUUCUACUAGUCAACCGAAGCCAUCCGAUAUCACGGUUCGAAAAACGGAAAAUGAGGAGGACGAUUCUCUUCCAAUCAAGCCACUUAAUGAAGAAGACGAGUUGCUGCGGUUAAAAAUGCAGAUUCUUAUAUCGAAUUUCUCACAAGAGCAGCUAAAUAGAUAUGAGAUGUACAGACGAUCUUCCUUCCCGAAGUCAACUAUUCGACGUCUCAUUCACCAAUUUACUGGUGUUAAUGUUGGGCAGAAGGUAGUUAUUGCUGUUGCUGGACUGGCUAAGAUGUUUACCUGUGAACUGGUGGAGGAAGCACUCGAUAUUCAAAGUAAAAUGACUGAACCUGGAGAACCUUUGAAACCGAACCACCUUCGUCUUGCAUACUAUUCACUAGAGCGGCAAGGAAAAAUUUUCCCGCAAAAUAGCAAGCGAAGGAAUCCUUUCCUCUGA